CGUACAAACAUUCCAAGAGAGAGACGGAGAGAGAGAUAACUAGAGAGAGAGAGAGAGGAUGGGUCAUCACUCGUGCUGCAACAAGCAAAAGGUGAAGAGAGGGCUUUGGUCACCCGAAGAAGAUGAAAAGCUCAUCAACUACAUCAAUUCAUAUGGCCAUGGAUGUUUGCAAAGAUGUGGAAAGAGUUGUAGAUUAAGAUGGAUAAAUUAUCUAAGACCUGAUCUUAAACGUGGAAGCUUCUCUCCUCAAGAAGCUGCUCUUAUCAUUGAGCUUCACAGCAUUCUUGGUAACAGAUGGGCUCAAAUUGCUAAACAUCUACCUGGAAGAACAGAUAACGAGGUCAAGAAUUUCUGGAAUUCAAGCAUAAAAAAGAAGCUAAUGUCUCACCAUCAUCACGGCCAUCACCUUCAUCAUCAUCAUCACCAUCUCUCUUCCAUGGCGAGUUUGCUCACCAACCUUCCUUAUCACAAUGGAUUCCACCCUACUACUGUCGACGAUGAAAGUUCAAGAUUCAUGUCCAAUAUCAUCACAAACACUAACCCUAAUUUCAUCACUCCAAACCACCUCUCUCUUCCUUCUCCUCAUGUCAUGACCCCAUUGAUGUUCCCAACCUCUAGAGAAGGAGAUUUCAAGUUUCUAACCACAAACAACACAAACCAAUCUCAUCAUCAAGAUAAUAACCAUUACAACAACCUCGACAUUUUGUCAGCCACACCAACUAUAAACAAUCAUCAUCAACCUUCACUCUCUUCUUGUCCUCAUGAUAAUGAUCCCCAAUGGCCAGCUUUACCAGAUUUUCCAGCGAGUACCAUUUCCGCUUUCCAAGAAACCCUUCAAGAUUAUGAUGAUGCUAAUAAACUCAGCGUGUUUGUGACACCAUUCAACGAAAAUGCCAAAAAGUUAUUAUGUGGAGAAGUUCUCGAAGGCAAAGUACUAUCUUCCUCCUCACCAAUUUCACAAGAUCACGGCCUUCUUCUUCCCACCACGUACAACUUUCAAGUAACUUCUACGAGUGAUCAUCAUCAUCAUAGAGUGGACUCAUACAUCAAUCACAUGAUCAUACCAUCAUCAUCCUCAUCAUCGCCAAUCUCUUGUGGACAGUACGUCAUAACUUAAGCAAACCCUAGUCCUAAACCAUCUACAUGGGAUUCCUUGACAUGGGUACGUAAUAAAUACCUAUAUAGAAU